AUUUGAUUCCAAAACCUUAACAACAAAUUUUAACGCAGUAAGCAAGAAGUUCGUUUCAGACUUGUUGGUAAACAAGUAAAGUUUCAAAUUAUAAAUUCUUUUUAACUCUAUCAAUAUUUUUUGUUACGAACAUCUCGUCGUUGAAUGUUCUAAGUGCUGUAAGUUGAUUUCUAGACAAAAGUUACAGGAUAUGAUGCCAUCAAACCCGUACAUUUGUGGGGAUGGCGGUGGAAGCAGCGAGUGUGGAUUAGGUGAUGGAAAUCCUCAAACUCGAAAUCCACUUCUCUGCUAUGUUUGUAAUGACUACUACACUGAACCGUGUUUACUUGCAUGCUAUCACACUUUCUGUGCGAGAUGUUUGAGAGGAAGAGUUAUUGAUGGAAAAAUAACCUGUCCACUAUGCAGCCAAUCCACCCAGCUAAAGGACAAUUCCUCAGUUCCACAAACAGAUCUACUGAUGCGUCAGCUGAUAGAGCUGUACAAUGCAGAGAACCCUCCCUGUGCCAAUUGCGAUAAGCGUGAUCGCUCCUCCAUGUACUUCUGCAGCACUUGCGGCCAGGCUUUAUGCAACCAAUGUCGGGAAAACACACAUCGAGCAAAGAUGUUCUCUACUCAUGACAUUGUUCACAUGUCUAAAUGCUCAAAGGAAGUGCAUAGGAGGUGUUCUGUCCACGGAGAGCAGUACAUCAUGUUCUCCAUGUCCCAGCGCAACAUGUUGUGUGUCAAUUGUUUCCGAGACACUCCUGCCGAGGCUAGGCUUCAUUGUGUGGAUAUAGACACUGCUUACACUCAGUGCUCCAAGAAACUUGAAUCCUCACUUCUGUCAGUAAGAGAUAUCCAGACGUCGGUGCAUGAGGGAGUGAUGGCUUAUCGUAAUCUGCUGGAAGAACUUCAACGGAACACAGACGCCGAGAAGAUGACGAUCCACUCGUUCUCUCAAGGGAUGCAAGAAGCUAUCAACAAGACUCAGUCAUCCAUGGUAUUGGAAGUUCAAAGGCAGUUUGAGGGUAAGGAACGUCUGUUCAAGAACAGCUUAGUGGCGUUGAGUACAGUGUUGCCUAUUCUACACAUGCACCUGCUUCUCUGCCAGAGUUUCAUGACCUCUGCCAACAAGUUCCAAUUCCUUGACCUUGCUUAUCCGAUGAUGGAUCGACUCUCAUCCGUGUCUCAGCUAUCCCAGCCCCUCAGACCGGUUCAGUCCGCACAGAUCCGCACCAACUACAGAUCAGAGUUCGCUCACAGUCUGGAGCCGUGGAUUGGUAAACUGGCAGCAUCUCACCAUCAACACCCCCAUCCCCCACCUCGCCCUCCUCCUGAAAACCAGCCCCACUCUACAGGGCAAGGAAGUGGAGGUGGUGAAGGAACGAGUUUGCCAUCCUCAGGAACAGUCCCUCCCCUCCACCCACCCAGCCGCAAGCAACACUCGGCACUCAAGGCCAAGGCACUCGAGGGGGAAGGUCCAUUUUCCAACCACUGUCGCAGCUUCGACACUCAGAUGAAGGAGCUGGGCAUGAAGUUGAACAAUGUGCGAGAACGCCUGAUGGAUCUGCAGAGAGACGUGACAGUGUUGCGUCGCGCCGCUACGCCACCGCUCGCCAAGCGUCACUCGAGCAUUGCACGCGACUGUGAGCGGCUUGACGACACUCUACAGCGCUACCACGUGGAGCUUGACCGUCUCAGGUCUGUGUUUGAUACUCUGUGGCAGGAACAACUGUAUAGGAUACACGUGGAGCAGGACAUCUUCCGCACUCAGAUGACGGACAUUGUCAACUUGCGUACGGAGGUCAAGCAGCUGGCACACAUGGCUCAACAGCUAGAGCCUUACGUCAAGUCUCUGUCUCAGACUAACCUGGAUGACAUGGCCAACCUACAGGCACUAAUAGACCGGAUCUCCAUCAUGCAGCAGGCAGCAGAUCCACAGUACACUUUUAGGAUGGAAACCUUGCUCAAAUCACAAGACUUCAGGGAUCCUCCCCAAGUGGUGUCCCCUUCUGCUGAAGAGAUGAUGUUUUUGAAAGGGGAAGGAAGCAAGAUGGAGGUGCCUGUGAGAGAUAUGCGGGUUCAUGCUCCGGGCAGUCUGCUGGACUACAGAGGCAUGGAGGGGCGACCUCGGAAUGUCAUCAGCCAGCUUAUAGAGAAGGUGCGCACCAAAGAAGAUAGGAAAAAGUCUCCAGUCCAAGAAGAAAUAAGAACUCCCUUACAACGUGAGCGAAGCAAAUCUGAAGGGAGAACUAAAGAAAGCAUUCAUGGAAAAAGCGAGGCAUACCGAGUGAGCAGCGUGGGGCCGGGAGGGGGUAAGGUAUCUUCUCUGUAUCACACCAUCAGCGGGAAAGUCCUCGGUUCUCGAGACUCGGGGUGCAACGAGGUUGGAGGCAUUCCUCCUCCCCCUCCCUCGCGCGGAGACUCUUCUCAGGUAUUAAACAUGGCCUCAAAAACAGACCACACUGCUGCUUUAAACAACAUACGCGAACAUCUGGAAAACCACUUAAAACAAAAGUUGAAACAAAGCAGUCGAGCUCCAAGCAGAACACUUCUCUACCAAGAAGGUGAAGAGGAGGAAGGCCAGUAUCAGCGUAUAGCGGACGCCACCAGCAGAGGUGGGGGUGAGACAGUGACUCAGGCUAUGGUCCACCCUCAGCCCCCCUCCCCCUCCCGUCCCUCUCACACCACCACUCCACACUCCCACACACACUCACACAGCCACUCGCACACACACGCGUCGUCCUCUUACCCUCACUCUGAUACCGAGGACUCUGUCUUCUACCCGGACACUCCCAGCUCAGGGCGGAGGUCGUCAAUGGACCUGAUGGAUCGCCGCAAGACGCUGGUCGUGGUGAUAGGAUCGGGCAAGAGCAAAGCCAGGCUGAUGCAGAAGCAACGGUCGUGGGAGACAUUCCCACCGAAGAAACGGCAAGAUAGGGAUCGGGACAGGGACCAUGGCGGGUCUAAGUUCUGUCGAGACCCAGACUCUUUCAGAGGUGGGUUUGACUUGGCUGGCUUGAAAAAAGCAGACAGCUUCGAGGGUCAUGAGGAGGCUGUUCGCACUCUGGUGGCGGCUGUACAGGAGACACGUACCCUGCGAAAGCCUAAAUCUCCAGCACCCUCGACACCCACGUCCAUCUCCGGGCGGCAAGUCACGGAGUAACAACAGGUAUAAGUAGGAUCACACUCUGUGUUCGAUUGAUGAUGUACUUGAUCAUUGAGUUUUGCGUAUUAACCAUAGCUAAGUGUGGAAUGUCGAAUUUCCAACUUGUGGCACUUAAAAAUUGUACGCGUGUACAUCGAUACGACCAUAUCGUCCCCGGGAGUGUGGUUUCCAAAUUUAUAUUUAUUUGAAGACACCACUGCUAACCUAUUACAUUACGUAACUAGUUGUUAUAAUGUAGAUCGUAUUUUAAAUCAAUGAGCUUAAUUUGACGAAUCGUAAAUUUGUAUUGCUUAAGAAGGUCGAGGUUAGACCUUGAGAAUGUGUGGUAGUUGGAAAGAAAUAAAUCUAUAUUGUAGCUUCGUAGAAUGUGAUAUCUAUACACUUGUUUUAGAUUUUAAAUAUAUAUAUAUACAAUAUUAUGAGACGAGUUUAUAUAUACAUAAUCGUACAAAUGUGCGAUAUCACUAGAUGACGUGUUGGCAAGAUUAUAUAUAUUGUUGCUAACAAUUGGGUUUAAGAUAUAGUUAGUAUGUCAAUGAAUCGACAGUAUAGAAAUCAAAGUACUGUUAAAAUGUAUUAUGUUUCUCUCUAUUUCAAUUUUUUGCUAAGUGAUUUUUUUGCCUUCAGGCUUGAUGAAAAUAAAUAACAAUUUUUAAUUCCUAUAUUAGGAAAGUUACCUUUUUCGAACAAUUUAUCUUUAUGAUGACCUAGGUAAUGUAAAUUAUUAGGUAUGUAAAUUACCAUAAAAAUUGUCUUGCUUCCAAAAAUGUCUUGUACAAGUAUUUUAGAAGUUAUUUUAUAAUCGUUGCUUUAAAAUAAUAUUUUAUAAUCGAAAAACUUAAUUAAUGGAGAAAUCACAUUUAUAUAGUGUCAUAUUUAUGUUUACGAGUGUUUUUUUUUCUUUGGGAGUUCGUGGAUAUAGCUUGGUAGUUUGUGACGAGUGUGUAUCCCCAAAUAUUUUUGUGUCCCCAAAGUUUGUCUGACUUACUACUAACAUGUUUCCAGUUCCAAUGAUGGCAAUAAAAAACAGUUUUAGUUCAAUUUACCUAGGAUCAUCAUGAAAGAUUUUGAAUGAUUAAAAAUCAUAUUUAAAACCUCAUGUUAUGUAUCACUCUUCUAGGGCAAAACUAGGCUUAUUAUGUAAAUGACAAUCUAAGGCUUGUGACAGUUCAUUACCACAGUGUUAAAAUAUAAAAUCACAAGGUUUUUUUUGCAAAUAUUGUUCAUAGUCAUGUACAAAUUAACAUACAGGUUUUAUAGGUGCAAAACUUUGUAUCUGGAAACAAUGUAUACCUUUUGUGUUCGACAUAACCCAUACAAAAAAGUGUAUUUAAUAGUUAAUUCAUUUUGAAAAAAAAGUGUUAAUGAAUUUCUAUGAGCUGAGUCGUGCUAAUGUUAACAUUAACAAUGGUAUUGGCUGGUGGUUUUGACGUAUGAAAUCUCAUUACUGUUUUAUAUUUUUAUUUUAUUAAUUUAAUAGUCCCAUUGUAAAAUUUGAUGCUCGUUUUUUGUGUCUAGUUUAUGUUGGUGACACUGGGCGCAAGUCUUAAUGCAAUUUUGUUUCUAUUUAGGGUUAAUUUCAUGAUUUGAGCUAUACUGUUUGGUUAUAUAACUAGGGGACAUGUUAUUGUUUAUGGCUAGAUCGUUUUUUGGUAAAACAAUUUUUUUAAUGACCGAAAAAACUAGAAACUAAUUGUAAACAAAAAACGACCCCUACCGGACGGAACUAAUAAUAAAAUUGUCUUCACCUGAUCCAUAAGGUCUACAUUUUUCCCUAAAAAUAACAUAGUUGUGUGUGCUAAAAUUAUAUUUAGUUCCUUUUUUUUACCGACUACUUUGAUAGGUCAUAACAGUUGCUAUAGCUCACAAUAAGACAUUCCAUUAGUUUGACUUGUUAAACAGGUUUGUGUAUCAAUCUGUUGAUGGUUUUGAAAAAAACAGGCAACAACUUUUACAUUGGGAUGGAAUGUCCACAAUAGUUGUAUGAAUAGUCAAAGGUGGCGUCCCCAUCUCUUAUUGAUAUUGGUGGGUAAAGUGCUAAAUCCAAAAUAGAAUCUUAGAUCAAUUCCUCUUUACAAAUUGAUUUACAACCUACUUUCAUUUAACAUAAUGGUUAAAUACCAGUUCUUAUAUUGUGUUAUAUUUUACAAUAUUUAUUUAUUCUAACCUAGUAAAAACUAUGCAACGUCUCAAAUUUCUGAUGUCUCCUAGUUUUGCCCUCUACGCACUCGUUGUUGAAGCUGUAAAACUGCCUAAUAAAACCUUUAAUCCGCUCAAUUAGAUGAUCUCAAUCUGAUAAUUUUAGUUAGUAUUAACCAUUGUCAAUUUUACGGUGAGUAGGAGUUACAUUUAAGAUAAGUCUCGUAAUUUUACUAAACAUUUUAUGUUAAUUGUAUUUAAUUAAUAAGGAUUGAUGAAUAUAGUUAACAGCAGACAUUGCACACUUUUGUUUAGGGUUGGUUAGUGACAUUCCUUUUUUGUCAGUUUAGUGCUUUAAGAUAUUUUUUAAUUUCUAACAUGCUAUUAAACGAUCAGUUAAGGCUCGAUCAGACGACGCUGAUUUAUGAGUCGCUAAUAUCAGCUAUUAAUGCUUGCUAAGCCUAUUAGCCUAAUAUUAACUGAGAUAUGGCAGCUUAAGUGAUACGUGACCACUGGAGGUUAGUUGCAGCGCAUGCUGGAAGCGGUCACGUAUCGCUAAAGCUGCCAUAUCUCAGUUAAUAUUCGUCUAAUCUAAAAAAAUGAGGUGUUAAUCGAUAUGUAAUAAAAUUGCCUUAAAAAAGAUAUUCUUGUAAACAUUUUGUAAAAUCAACGGUUUUUGAGUAAUUUAAGAAACAAAAUUUUAAAUUACUGACAUUUUGUUUUAUGUUUUAGAAAAAUUGUCAUAAUUUUUUGGUAGCUUUGUCUAGUUGUCAUAAAUGUUUGUGUAAAGUUUCGAUUUCGUAUGUUUAACCAUUCUAUAGAAAAAAUUAAUAAGUGAAAAAAGAAAAAUGGCGGCUGUGUGAGUAACCAAGGACUUCCGGACAAUUUAUAUGAUAUUUAGAUACGUUUCUUACUCAGCAACAAUGCCCUGAAAUAUCGGUAGAGUUCCGGGACAGCCUGUAUAGUCUGUAAGAACGAAUAAAGAUGUACUGCGACUGCAACAUAUUCUGCGGUUAAAAAAACUAUUUCUAGAUAAUCUUCGCUCAUCACACUACACGUAGCCAUCUAUGUACUUAAUACAAUAACGGUUUUCUCAGUUACAUCCCAUUUCUAGCCGUCGUACUUGACAGAUUUUUACGAUUGAGCUUUAAUCUAGCAGAGUGACAAAUGGUAACUAAAAAGGUAACAUCCAUAAGGGUUUCGUUCCCCUAGCUUUUGAUUUAUUUCUGGAGUUGGCUUUCUACAGUGAUACUGACCAACUUUUUUUACAACGGUUUAAAUGUUAAUUAUAACUUGUGUAUUAAUUUAUAGAUUUAAAAGCUGAUACUUCAGUCGAAAGUUUAACCGCAGUCAGAUUGUAAAGAAGAGACAAAAAAACAAAUGUUAAAUAAGUUACUUUUAGUGGUGAUAGUUUAUGUAGCGGCAUUUUGUGUUUACUAUUACGUCCGUUUAUUGUUAUGUUAUUUAUCUUAAAUUUAAUCUAUUUACACCAAAAUACAAGUGUUUAAUUAAAACAAUAGCUUAUUUUCUAGAAUUAUAACGCCAACAGUUAGGCACAAUUUAUGAAUGUUGUCUUAAAAAUAAAAAAAAAUAAAAUAAAAAUCCCCAAAACUUUAUUUUGUGAGGUCAAAAGCAUGCAUAUAAUUUCUGAUAAGAUUUUGUGUUUCCCAGCAAGAAAAGGACUUAAUUUUUGUAUCCACAUAAUGUAUCAGAAAACAUUGUGUCAAAACUAAACUUUGAAAGAAAAUUGAUCAAAAUCUAGACAACUUGAACGUUGAUUCAGUGGUUAUACUCAAAGUUGUAAUCCAUUGAAUGACUCUUUAUAUAAUUAUGUUAGAAUUGUUAGCACAGUAUCAUAACUUAACAUGUUUUCUGUAAAUUACAUGUAAUAUAUUGCAGUUUCUAUCAAUAAUCAGUCAAAGAACCAUGACAAAUUACAACCAAUCACGUUUGUGUGAGACGCUAUGGUGGGGAGCUUCAAGAUGAACAGGUUGGAACACCUCAUUUUGUUUAUGUUACAAAAGGAUGACACCUUCUUUUUGAACCAGUGACAGGAUAGAUUUCUAAUCAGGAUUCAAAGUUACUUUAAGGAUUGUUUGUGACAUAGGAUUUUUUUAAACAAUCAUUCACUGGGGGUGUGGUCAAUGUAAAGGUCAAUGAUAUUACUGGUAUGAUGGUGCUGGUACUGGAUCAACUUGCAACUUGUACCAUUUUCUUGGAUUCACAUGACAACUAGCACUAAAUAAAGCGCUAAAAUGAUUAAACAUGUUCAAAGUCACUAGCAAUUAAAUAUACUAUCAGUGCUAACUUGCUAGCUACUAAUAUUUGGUGUAGCUACUAGUAUUCGCUAGUUUUACUCGCCGAUAGUAAAUUAGCACUAAAACUAGCGUUGUCUGAUUGAGCCUUCACUUUUGUCUGUUUUUUUUUACUACUUAAACAUACUGCCUUAAUUUUGCUAUUCUUAAUGUAACCUGUUUUGUACCCCACAUUUUAGCAUUAGAAAAUAGCAGAUUUUUGCAAACAAUAAAACAUUUUUUGUGUUCAGUUGAAAAGUUAAUCCUGCUAUUCAAUGUGUUUUUAAGCUCUUAAAAAAUGGGUUGACUGUAUUAAAAUAUUAGGAUCAUAAUUAAUUAAUUGGUUUUAAUCCAUACAUUGGUUUCAAUGUGGCAUUAAUCCUUGCAAUGCACAGUAGAUUCUUGAUUAUCGAGGGUAAUGGAUGAAAGAGUAAAUAAAUAUGCGUUAUUAGAAAACAAUUGAAAUUCCCCAAUCUCUGAGUGAUUUUUUCAAUGUUUUUGUGUUUUCUCAGUUUUGGAUACAUAAAAUAAUAUGUGUUAUAUGUUGUGCCCUUAUGCAUAGCUUUGUGCAAAGGAUUACAAACCAAAUUAUAUAUUUUACAACAAUUAAAAUUUAGUGUGCCUCAACCGACUACCUACAGCAAAGUCAAAUUUUUUGUUUUUAUAAUCUGUUAAAUUUCUCAACUGCUGGGUGAUUUUUCACUGCCCAAAUUAUCCGAUCCUUGUCAAUCAAGAAUCUACUGUAAAGAUUUUUUUUUAUGUGAAGUAGCCUAGCAAGUUCUCAAACUAAAAAAAGACACUUACAAUACACUCAUUAUAUGUACUAACAAUCAUAUUUUGAUAAUUCGGUUGGAACAUAAACGUAUAAUGAGUUCUUAAAAUAAGGUGAAUAGAAUAGCUACCAGGUGGUUCUGUAAUACGAUUAAUUACCAAACAAUGCGUCCAUAAUGUUUUGUUACAAUAGUAAUUUUUAUACGGUAAACUCCCGGUUAUCCGAGUCUCCAUUAUCUGAGCCAGUCAAUACGGGAAGUAAAUAAA